AUGGCCAACAACACGACUGCCGAGACCAACUAUGUUGAGUUAGAUGAUUUGAAAUCCACACUCUUGAAUGACGACGCUGCAGCAGAUCCACGUACUGAUUAUUACGUUUCGCAAGACAAGACCAUUCAUACAACCCUCUCCGAAGUAGCAACAAAGAAACAGAAAAAACGAAAAUUACGCAUCAUUCUCUCAGUGUGUUUGCUUUCUUGCUGUUGUAUUGCACUGUGGGGUGUGAUUAUUCUCUUUCUUAUUGGUUGGUUUUCAAUCGGAGAUUAUUUAUGGCACGUUGCUUUUGGAAUCGAUCCCGAACAUUGUGAUCUUUUCCGAGAGAGUACCAUUGCAAAUUUUACCAUUCUGCAUGAUUGUCCUCCUCUCACGGAGCCACAGAGUCAAUGGAAAGAUAAAUUAUCCAGGUAUUGGGUUCCUCUGAAUAAGACUGAAGCUGUGAAAUUUAACAGUAGAGAUGCUGAUUGGUUACCGAAUUUUGGACAAACGGAGAUUGUUGGAACACUGUUAAAACAAGAUUUCAUUAAUUCAACUUCAAAAUUUGUAAUUGUUGUUCAUGGCUAUAGAGUGUGUCGUUUUCGGUAUGAAAGCAUGCUACCUGCGGGAAUUUUGUACCACCUAGGAUACAAUGUUUUACAAAUUGAUUUGAGAAAUCAUGGAGAUUCACCAGUGUUCAAAAAAGUACCAUAUGUCUCAUUUGGCAGUUUUGAACAUUUGGAUGUGUUGGGAGGAGUUGAUUUUCUCACACAACGUUAUCCAUUUCUUGCAACAACUAAUAACAUUGGAGUGUUUGGAACAUCUAUGGGAGCUGCAACAUCAGUGGUUGCCUUUGCGAGAGAAACCAAUCUUAAAGUCGCCUUUGUGGACUCUCCACCAUGUGAUGUUUUUGGAACGCUCUCGUUUGCUGCCAAGCAAGUCGUUGGUUCCUCAGCACUCGUCGACAUUGCUCUUGCCGCUGUAAAAAGCGUCUCGAUGAUUAAGGCACCCUUAAUGGGAUUUCCUCCAUUCCACAAUGAUCCCAAACAAUUAUUGACCAAUUUGGAUUUAUCUGGAAAUAGAAAAUUAUUCUUUUUGCAGGGAGUGGGUGAUUUAGUGGUUCCCACGUUCAAUCAUUAUGUCUGCUUGAAUGCAACGAUGGAAUCAGUGACAAGGAAUGGUUACUCACGAGAAAAUGUCGAGUCUUUUCUUGCAGACAUUCAUUAUCCCUUUGAAGUGAAAGAUCGAAAAAGAGAUUAUUGUAACAAUCAUAUUGCAUUCAUGUUUAAUCGUUUGAACGAAUUUGUGGACAUGUUGGGAGGAUUCUUUACAAGGAAUUUAUAA